GUGAUAUUGAAAAUUUAACUGUGCAAACAACAACUGAGUCGGCGGAUUUGGACUGGUCACCUCCAUGCCAAACAAACGGCAUUCUAACCAAAUACACAAUAAAAAUUCGGAAUAUAGACAUUAAUGUAAGCUGGACGAAUGACACCAGUUCAAAUGAGACAAGUCACACGAUAAGGAACCUUUUACCAUAUAGCAACUAUACUAUUAUGAUUGCUGCUAACACCAAAGUAGGUCCUGGGGAAUUUGCACAAAAUACUACUCAAACAAAGAUUGAUAAGCCGAGGAUGCCGUCAGACCCUAAAGCCAUUACAAAGAGUGCAACGAGUCUUAACGUUACUUGGAAAACACCAAACCGAUACACCGGUCCUACAAAAUACACUGUUACUGUCAUGGAUUUAAAAAACACGAGUAUAAAGAUAACACCAUGCGAAACAGGGAUUGAUUUCAAUGCUACCGAAUGCACAGUGACAUGUCUUGAUGAGUAUUGGAUUUAUAAUAUUACAGUGAUUGCAACAACUGACGCCGGCAACACAUCGUCUGUAUCAGUAACAGGACAGACUGCUGAAGCUCGGCCGGGGAAUAUUCGCCGUUUGAGUCUAAAAUCAGAGGACGAUGUUACUAAAAAUAGAUCUGUAAAAGUAACAUGGACCCCACCAAAAGACAGGGAUAAGAAUGGAGUCAUCCAGAGAUAUUACAUCAAAUUCAAAGACAGUGAUGGUAAAACAGUCAGUUUUGGCACAAAAGACAAUAUUACGACUAACUAUUUUUAUCAAGGCAUGUUUCCUGGUGUGUACUCUGUCCAGGUUUUUGCUGCUACGACUGUCGGAAAUGGCACGGUGGUAACAAAAUCGAUAACUGUUAGACCAGGUGCCCCGUUGAAACUUAUCGAAGAAACAGUCGAUAGUUUAUUGAUGCAGCCAAGUAAGGCUAAGGUUUCAGAUGACGAGAGACAAAUAGCCGUGAAGCUUCCUUUGAAUGACCUCCUAUGCAAUAUACGUAACGGUCAGCUGAAAAGAUGGGGUGUAGUUGUUGCCCAGGAAAGCCAAGCAACAGACACAAGUUUCACAGGAAGCACAACAGAUUUUAACAAGAAAGUAAAAGAGAAGUAUAAGAGCUGGUUUCAAGUCAAAGACAUGGAUGCUAUUCCACCUUACAUAGCUACACCAGAAAAUUGGACAGUGCAGUGUCCUACUUUUUACACUGGCAACCGAAAAAAACGUGCAGCAACAACGACAACGCCUGAGCACGUGUACAAAGAUUUUAUUGUGGGAGAAGACGGCAAGUGUUCCGGCAAACAAAAUAACAAAUAUUGUAAUGGAGAAUUACAACCAGGACGUAGUUACAGGGUGAAAACAUUCGUUUGCACAGAUGGAGGCUGCACCGAGACAGAAUAUUCAAAGGCAAUAUCCACGGCUCCAGACCUUACAGUACCGAUUGCAGCUGGUACAUCAUCAGCAUUAGUAGUCAUAGCCGUUGUUGGUGUCGUUGUUUUCGUCCUGAGAAGGAAACGGCUUGUUUGUUUUGCCAAAGAUGUCGAAAGACUGCGUACACAGCCGCACGACGAAGGUAUUCGUAUGGACAAAAUAGAACCAAGGCGAAAGAAUGCUGUCAGCAUCUUAGGGCAAGGGCCAAUCAAGCUAAGUGAAUUUCCCGAUGCUGUUGAAAAGAUGCACAAAGAUGAGGAUCUGCUUUUCGCAGAUGCCUAUAAGGUGCUGAAAGACAAAAGUCCGAAUCACCCAAAGACGGCAGCUGAGCAGCAGUGUUGCAGACCUAAAAACAGAUAUACAAAUAUUCUUCCUUUUGAUCACUCUAGAGUAAAACUACGACCAUCUGAUGACAUAGAAGGAUCUGACUACAUCAACGCAAACUACAUUCCUGGAUAUAAUUCUCGAAGAGAAUAUAUUGCAACCCAAGGUGCAAUGCGAGCAACUUUGGAUGAUUUCUGGCGAAUGAUUUGGGAACAAAACGUAGAUACAAUUGUAAUGUUGACAAAGCUUACGGAAAAUAGACGGCACAAGUGUGAUAAGUACUGGCCGGACCUUGGGGAACCAGUGUUCUACGGUGAUUUGGUUGUAUCCCUUCAAUCAGAAUCUGAUCUGUCAGACUAUAAAAUCAAGAUAUUUGAAGUAAAACUGAAAAAGGAGCGGAAAAUGGUCAGACACUUUAGUUACCUAAAAUGGCCGGAUAUGGGUUGUCCCGAAACUCCAGAAUUACUGCUCGCAUUUGUGAAAGCUGUCCGAGAGUAUACAAAUCGAGAAAAGAAAACAACAUCAGGACCGACGGUAGUGCACUGCAGUGCCGGUGUAGGACGUACAGGGACAUUUAUAGCUGUUGAUUACUUGUUACAACAUAUCAAGGAUCACGACGAGGUUGACAUAUUUAGUCUUGUCCUAGAAAUGAGGAACCAUAGACUCAAUAUGGUACAAACUGAGGAUCAGUAUAUUUACAUCCAUGAGUGCCUGAAAGCGUUCAUUACAACUGAUGAAGAGGAAGAAGACGGGAAUGAAGAUGAACACAUAUAUGUGAAUACAGCAUUCCGAGCGCAAGAAGAAAAUAUCUAUGAAAAUUCAGGAAAUCAGAAGGAUUGAUGAACAUAUCAAGGACAUGUUAUUCAACUAGAUACGCUGUAUACAUGUGUGCUAUAUUAUUAUAUGUGGAACAUGUAUUUAACAAACAUAAAAUUCUAUAUUGCCUUAUUUGACACUUUUAUCAUUGUGUGCCGUGUGCUAGAGAGCUUAUAGGGACCUUAUAGAGUAACCUUUUCGCAGAUCACAAGUAUUCUUCUAUAGAUCCUUCCUGACAAGUUUCAUAAAAUUAAUAUGUCAUUAUGUGAUGACCAUUUUCUCAUCAAUCAUUGUCAUAUACAUAACAUCGUUCUUUCUCACUUAUCGGUCAGAAAAAUCUCUAUUUUUAGAAAUGCUGGAAAAUCUUAUUUCACAUGGGUUAUCCCACACUCCUGUGACGGACUACUUCAUGUACUAAAUAUAUGUAAAAUAAUUAAAAAUAUGGUACCUUUAUCUUUUCUCUCCGUUCUUAUAGUGUAUUUCUCGAUUCAAAAUUCGUUACUUUAUGAUAAGAACGUACCGUUACGCUACAAACGAUAAAACUAAAGCGGAACUUUGUUAUUGUGCGUCGUCACUGAAAUGUCAUGACGUCACUUCUGCUUACGGACGCCAGUUACCCGCGUUUUAAAUAGUUCCAUAUCUUCAUGCUUGUUUUUAUUGUUUCUGUCGUGGUAAGUGAGAAAUAGAAUCCAUCAUUGGUGUCCGGUGAAGAUCGGAAAUCCCAACCCUCGGGCGCACCGCUCAAGUCUUAAACUCGGCACAGCCUCGUUUAAGACCAGCGGUGCGCCCUCGGUUUGGGAUUUUCUGAUCUUAACCGAAACCAAUGGUAGAUUCUCUAUAUCUUAACAUGCAUCUAAACUGUUUUUUGUUUUGUUUUUUUCACUUACAUCUUGAUUUUACAAUCUAUUAGUAGAUAUCUAUCAAUUCACGUAUAAAUACCGACUACAUUUUUAUGGUAUAAAUAAAUCAUACUAUCAGCUGCCAAUUGUAUAAAACUUUUAACCGCGCGGUAACCACUAUGUGCCAGUAACCAACAUGGUAACAUCGUGGUAAGCGAUUGUAUAAAUACCGUCAUUCGUGGUAACCACAAUAUAACCACGGUUAAUUUUAACCCACCUACGGGAGCUUGGUAACCACAAAGUAACCACUCAAACAUGGCCGCCGUACAAUUCAACGUAUUUACAGACAAAAUUUGACGCACUUGGCGGAUGAAAAAUUACGCAAAAGGUAUACAGGUGUUAGCUGACAACAUAGACAUACUUGUUGGACUUCUUGGACCGACUUUGCAACGACGGACGCAACGGAACCAAGCUCUGACACUACCGAAACAGAUUUUAUUCGACAACGAAUCAUGAGUGGAUUUUAUGCCGUUAUAGGGCUCCCGUCUGUUAUUCACUAUUCAAUUCUAUUGACUAGACCCAUGUUAAAAUAUUUUCGUCCGUUUAUCCGCAUUGAGGCCGCAUGUUAGUAAAAACAUCAACACAGUAUCAAUAUCCAGACGAACUGCGAUCCCAACGAUCAUUGCGCAAUAGCUCUAUGUACAGUACAUUGCAUACACAUUUAUUCAGUAACUAUGUGAAAUAAAGAAGCAAACAUCUUACUUGAUAAUCCACAUUCAGCAAAACACGUCUGUAGACAUUUCAAGAAGCAUUUCCUUUUACAGUUCUACUGUCACUAUAAAUAGACAUUACUCCGAAGAUACUUUUAAAAUCCAUAAUAAUUAAAUGCACAGAUUCUCUCUAGUAAAUGCAAUUGUUUACACUGUUUAAUAACCUUGAAAUUGGUAAAACACAAUAUGUACUGUACACACGUGUAUUGAUGACAUCAUUAUACUGAUGACAUCAUAAAAGUGCCUUGUUCAGAGAACUGUAUGGAAGACCGGUUAUGUGCGCAGUGCAUUAUUGGAAAAUUUACCGCGGUUAAAUUGAUAUUUUACGUGGUUAGGUUACCGUGCGUUUAAAGUGGUUUAUACAAGAGAAAAUAAUCAGUAGUUACCUAACCACGAUAUAUACCGCGGUUAUAGUUUUACCGUGGUAUAUUUUAACCAUUGUUUAUACAAUUGGCUGCAGGAAGUAAAAUAUUGCAUAUUUUCCAUUUUCUUUCAAAUGUUACCUAACAAACCAAACAUGUAAUCGGAAAAAAUUUUUUUAGUAAUAGCUAGAUUAAUUUGUUGCGUUUUCUUUUUCAUUUUCUAACGUAGCAUUCAUACAAACAUUCCUUGACUUGCAUUUGUUUUGUUUUCUUUAUUUUAUGCAGAUUGAUGAAAUACUGUGUUUUAUCAGUGAAAUAUAAUCCAUAUCACGUACUGCUUAUCACUCACUGUAAAUGAUAUAGCUUUGUCGAUCUACUUGCACAUUGUGUAUAAAUUUUUAAUUAUUUGCUUAAAACAUGAUGAAAAUUGUAGUUGCACUUUCUUCUUUAUAGUUUAUUUCUCGAUUCAAAUUAUUUUACUUAAUUAGAAUUUCAUAACGUUAUGCAGCAAGAAAUAACAUGUAAUGGAACAUUAUGUAGUGUGCGUCUUUCUAACGUCACAACACGUCUGACGUCAUGUUCGUUUACGCGCGUCUGUUUCCCGCGCUGAGAUUUAAAUUUGUUGCAAAAUGCAUAUCUCAACGUAAUUAAGCAUAAAAUAAAAAGAAAAUUUGGUUGUUUUGAGUGAAUAUGGAAUACAUCUCACUUCAAAGAGAGACAUUGUUCACAUUUUCACUCACGCUACGCCAUAUAUUCCAUAUUCACUCAAAACAAACAAAUAUCCUCUAUGUAUCCACUCUAGCAUCAUAGAAAGCAUUUUUGUUGAAAUCGAAAUAAAGUUUGAACAAUUUUGUUGUCUGCUGUAAAUAUAUGUGCUAAUCGCAAAUUUCUUGCCGCUAUAACUUCUCAGAAAAAAAGAGUUAAAUAGUAAAAAAUCAUUGUUACAGUGACAUACAAUUAAAAUAUUUUAUAACUAUUCUUUUAUAUAUUAAUUUAAUAAAAUUUCUUACUCGAUCUUUUCUAUUGUCUUAGAAGCGUCCCGAAGUUUGGCAUAUGUUUAUAGAAUUACUAAUGUCACACACAAAUUCAACAAAGUUAAUUUAGAUCGUCAUGUAAUUUUCAAUUUUACGAAAAGUCCAAUUCUAUAAUAUUGGAAAAUAAGAUAAAAAUUACCAUACAAAGUGAAAUUCUAAUUCUAAAUACUUUUCAUGCACACGCAAAAAUGUGUUUUCUGCGUCACGGGUAGUCCCAAUCCCCAGAAUCACAAGCAACGAAUAUUUAAAAUAAGCGGUAUCAAGGGAUUUCAAUCUGUCACACUGUGCUAAAUGCUAUAUGUGCACGCAUAUAUUUGAUAACUGUUUUUCUAUAGGUUUCAUGCACAACACGUCAAAUAACGUUACAGUUCACGAGAUGAAUGUAUUACCUACAGCAAAAUAAAAUAUUCCUUUCGUUUUUCAUACCGUGAAGCUUAUAGUAUAUGUUCAGAUGUUAAUCACUAAUGAUUACGCCUGUUUUCGGACGUGGCUGAGUUGGACUGGAUGCUUUACUACAUUCAAACAUUCUGAACUUUAUGGGGGUUAAGUUUGCUAAAAGGUUGUGUCAGAAUACCAUCUCAAAUUACAAUUACAUGUACUGGAUGCUUUACUACAUUCAAACAUUCUGAACUUUAUGGGGGUUAAGUUUGCUCAAAGGUUGUGUCAGAAUAACCAUCUCAAAUUACAAUUACAUGUACUGGAUGCUUUACUACAUUCAAACAUUCUAAACUUUACGGGGGUUAAGUUUGCUAAAAGGUUGUGUCAGAAUACCAUCUCAAAUUACAAUUACAUGUACUGGAUGCUUUACUACAUUCAAACAUUCUAAACUUUACGGGGGUUAAGUUUGCUAAGAGGUUGUGUCAGAAUAACCAUCUCAAAUUGCAAUUACAUGUAUAAACAUAGGAUAGUCACUUAUGAAACUUAUACUCUCUUCGCAUAAACUACAACUACAACUUGUAACAUUAGAUCGGAAGUUGCAUAUGUUCCUAAGAAAUGACUUAGAGGACGAAUACCAUUUUGUGCUUGCAUAUGAUGCUUACAGACAAUUGAGAUUAUCAUAUAUACCACUAGUUUAGACGACUCGUCCCAUAUACACUUUAUAAAUAGUAAUAGUAAAGUACUGUUACAUCGAUUCUCAAAUUAUAUUGUUAGUGCAUUUCAGCAAGGAGAUAGGGAUAAAACUAUACCAAUAUGUUUACACUCUCAUGUAUAUGUAUAUGUACUUGCCAUAUGUCAUUUGUAAGUAUAUAAUGAGACAGAUGAUACGCAGUAUAGCGUAAAUCUAAAUAAAUAGUCUGUUCUGUUCUUUUCUAUAAACAAGUGUUUUAUGUUCAGAAUAACUUCUAAUUUUAUCGAUAGCAGUGUGCUCGUGUUAUCUACAUAAAUGUUAUUAAUUUAUGUAUGCGUACUUUUCGACUUUAAAAAAUCGAAUCAAGAGUUAAAUCACUAAGAUUAUGUGAUUGCUUGAUUUGAAUUUGCUGUAAUUCUAUCAAAUAAGUUAAAGCACAAUUUUCUAUAUAUGUUUCUGUUUUGUUUUUAAAUCAAAAAGGUUUCAUACUUGAAUUUAAGUAUAUUAGCAACAUACGAAGUGUUCCGUUAGAUUAAAAUGUAUUUUUGUAGACUGAGUGUAUAUCACUCUUCAAAAUACAUCGGUGAAAAUAAUAAACACUAAUUAUGUAGUCAUGUUUUGUAUUAAAUGACCUACAAUGAAUAAAUCUGUCAUAAAUCGCG